UACGGAACACAAAAUGACUGUUUUGUGGCACUGUGAUUUCUUCCCUCCGUAGAUGUUUUAUGCAGUAAGGAAAGAGGGAAAAGAAGAAAAAAACCAGCAACAGUUCUUUCUUGGAUAUUUUUUCUGAACAGGGUGUUAAGCUCUUUUUGCUCUGUGGAAUGUUUUCAGAAAGGCAGAAUCGGUGAACAAGUGCAGUUAUGCUGCAUGCUCCCUGUUUUGUUCGGUUCAGGUUCAUAAUUUAUGCAAGCUUUGGAACUGAAAAGAUGCUAUUGGAUCUUACUACAGGCAAUGAUUGAAACUUGGUUAUUUUUGAUCCAUUCUUUCUCCACCCAGUAGCUGUUAUCAUCCACCACCAUCCUCAUAGCUGUGAAUUUCUAACAUUUGUACUGUACCUGCUACUCAGUUUCUCUUAAAUAUCUGUUGUCAGCUCGGAAGAGAGAACAAGCUUUCGAUCCUGUGGGUUCUGAAAAAAGGAAAAAGAAGAAAAACAUUUACUUGCUGCUUUUUUUUUUUUUUUUUUUUUUUAAAAUUUUUUUUUUUGUUAAAAAUUGCUCAAGAUUAUGCUCAUCAUUGUAAUCACAGGUAGAGAAGGGAUGUAGGGGGUGGAAAAGCUUGGAAGAAGACUAGCAUCAGCUAUCAAGAAUUUUGUUUUCCUGGUUUGUAAAUGAUGCUGCUGUAAUUCUAUCUGCAUUUUUUUUUUUUUUUCCUGCUCAUUCACCACUCAGCAGCUGGUAGGGAAGUAAGACUGCCUGGCAACCACCUGCAGAGCUGCAGAGAUGAAUUACAUUUUCGGAAAUAACACACUCCUCUAUUCUCGCGCCAAUCGAGGCAACACUAGCUCAAGCCACAGUUCUGUAGGCCCAAAGCACAAGCAGUGGGCAAAGAAAGGCUCAACAGAUGAGUUACGGAAUGAGCCUUCCCGUUGGCAGCAGAUAGUUGCAUUUUUCACUCGGAGACAUGGUUUCAUUGACUGCAUUUCUGUUGCUGCCAGCUCCACCCAGCCCACAGAAGCUGUUCCUUCCUCUCCUCCCACUGUCCCUGUGAUCCCUGUCCCACCAGUCCCUGCUGAGACCACUGUCAUCCCAUCCACCAUACCACAGGCAAAUCCCCCUCCAGUGCUGGUGAAUACAGAUUCUUUGGAGACUCCAACAUAUGUCAAUGGCACGGAUGCAGAUUAUGAGUAUGAAGAAAUUACUCUUGAAAGGGGAAAUUCAGGACUUGGCUUUAGCAUUGCAGGUGGUACAGACAACCCACAUAUUGGGGAUGAUUCAAGUAUUUUCAUUACAAAAAUUAUAGCCGGGGGUGCAGCUGCACAGGAUGGAAGAUUACGGGUUAACGAUUGUAUUCUACGAGUAAAUGAGGUGGAUGUUCGUGAUGUUACCCAUAGCAAAGCAGUUGAAGCAUUGAAAGAGGCAGGAUCAAUUGUACGAUUGUAUGUCAAAAGAAGAAAACCAGUCACAGAAAAAAUAGUGGAAAUCAAACUUGUAAAAGGCCCUAAAGGUCUUGGUUUCAGUAUUGCUGGUGGUGUAGGAAAUCAGCAUAUACCUGGAGACAACAGCAUCUAUGUAACCAAAAUCAUUGAAGGCGGGGCAGCACAUAAAGAUGGCAAACUUCAGAUUGGAGACAAACUUUUAGCUGUGAACAGUGUUUGCUUAGAAGAAGUUACUCAUGAAGAAGCAGUGACUGCCUUAAAAAACACAUCUGAUUUUGUUUAUCUGAAAGUUGCAAAACCCACCAGCAUGUUCAUGAAUGACAGUUAUGCCCCUCCUGACAUCACAAACUCUUACUCUCAGCCGGUGGAUAACCAUAUCAGUCCAUCUGCCUACUUGGGACAGUCCCUGCCCCCAGCAUCACCAGGGCGGUAUUCACCAAUUCCCAAGGGAAUGCUUGGAGAUGAUGAGAUUACCAGGGAGCCUAGAAAGGUUGUCCUACAUCGAGGAUCAACAGGUCUUGGUUUCAACAUUGUUGGAGGAGAAGAUGGAGAAGGAAUUUUCAUUUCUUUCAUCCUUGCAGGAGGGCCAGCUGACCUGAGUGGAGAGCUUAGGAAAGGAGAUCGUAUCAUUUCUGUAAAUGGAGUAGAUCUAAAAGCAGCAACCCAUGAACAGGCAGCAGCAGCCCUGAAGAAUGCAGGCCAAGCAGUAACUAUUGUAGCUCAGUAUCGUCCAGAAGAAUACAGUCGUUUUGAAGCUAAAAUACAUGAUUUACGGGAACAGAUGAUGAACAGUAGCAUUAGUUCAGGAUCAGGAUCUUUGCGAACCAGCCAGAAGAGAUCCCUAUAUGUCAGAGCUCUUUUUGAUUAUGACAAGACUAAAGAUAGUGGCCUUCCAAGUCAAGGAUUGAACUUCAAAUUUGGUGAUAUUCUCCAUGUCAUUAAUGCUUCUGAUGAUGAAUGGUGGCAAGCACGGCAGGUAACUCCAGAUGGAGAAAGUGAUGAAAUUGGAGUUAUCCCAAGCAAACGCAGAGUUGAGAAAAAAGAACGAGCCCGUUUAAAGACAGUGAAAUUCAAUUCCAAAACAAGAGGAGAUAAAGGGCAGUCAUUCAAUGACAAGCGUAAAAAGAACCUCUUUUCCCGAAAAUUUCCCUUCUACAAGAACAAGGACCAGAGUGAGCAGGAAACCAGUGAUAUUGACCAGCAUGUAACCUCUAAUGCCAGCGAUAGUGAAAGUAGUUACCUUAUCUUGAUUACAGAUGAGUACGGUUGUUCAAAAGGUGGCCAGGAGGAAUACGUCUUGUCAUAUGAACCAGUCAAUCAACAAGAAGUCAGUUACACUCGACCUGUGAUUGUUUUGGGACCCAUGAAAGACAGAAUAAAUGAUGAUCUAAUCUCAGAAUUUCCAGACAAAUUUGGCUCAUGUGUUCCACAUACUACUAGACCAAAACGAGAUUAUGAGGUGGAUGGACGUGAUUACCAUUUUGUCACUUCUCGAGAGCAAAUGGAGAAGGAUAUUCAGGAUCACAAAUUCAUUGAAGCUGGCCAGUACAAUAAUCAUCUUUAUGGAACAAGUGUCCAGUCAGUGCGAGAAGUAGCAGAAAAGGGUAAACAUUGCAUUCUUGAUGUUUCUGGUAAUGCGAUCAAAAGGUUGCAGAUUGCCCAGCUGUACCCAAUCUCCAUUUUUAUUAAACCCAAAACAGUGGAAAACAUCAUGGAAAUGAAUAAACGCUUAACGGAAGAGCAAGCCAGGAAGACAUUUGAGAGAGCUAUGAAACUGGAGCAAGAGUUUACUGAACACUUCACAGCUAUUGUCCAAGGAGACACACUGGAAGAAAUCUACAACCAAGUGAAACAGAUCAUAGAGGAACAGUCUGGGCCUUACAUCUGGGUUCCAGCAAAGGAAAAAUUAUGAAAACAGAUUUUUAUUUUUCAUUUUCUAACUGACAUCACCUACUACAUCUGACGACUCUUAAGCCCUUCCAGUGGAGCCUGCCUCUAGUUCUUUCCAGCGUGGUUCAUACCCUAACCAUCACAUUCUGCAGUUCCCAUAAUGCUUUACAUUUGGUGUCUCUCUUAGUUUAAAUAAUUUGUAAUAUUGUGUGUUGUUGGUUUGCCAUUUAUCAAACAUGACAAUGGAAUGGCCUGACCAGCUAUUAGUUUGGGGUGGGGGUGGGAGGGAAUUGCUUGGUAAAAUUCCUUAAUGUUUAAGGGAAAGUAACUUUCAAAGAUUUUUCAAAAAAGCUUUAUAGACAUUCUUUUAAAAUUUCAUAACAAUUGAAAGAAAAGUUGUAUUCAAGGAAGCUGUAAAUCAUGAGUAACUUUGCACGCUUAACUUUAAUAGCAUGGUUUGGUCAGGGCAAUCAAUUUCAGGGUUUAUUUUCUGAGUUAAAUUCUAUUCUCACCGUUUUGGGUUGGUUUUUGUUUUUUUUUUUUUCUUUCCAGGCAGUUAGAGAGAAACUUUCAAAUUUUGAGUUAACAUUUUCAUUAAAUCCCAUUACUACUCCUCAAGGGAUAUUCAUUUUCAUAAUUUCAUAUGGAUAUUCUUAUAAUCUAUUUUUUCAUUUUUUGCCAAUAAUAUUGCUAGGGACAAAGAUGUGUAAUGUUUUUAAUCUUCCUCGUGAAACACUAUUUAUAGUGUCUUACAGAAAUUGUUUAUAGAUAAUGGUCAUCACACUUUUUGAGCCUAAAAUGUUUAGGUGCUAGGAAACCUUGUAUUUUUCAGAGGAAUGCCAGAUUUCCAUUGGCAGUAAUACAGAAAACAGCUGCAGAGAUGGUCAUUAGGGCAAUGAGAGAAUGAUUCAUAGCCUAAAAAUGUGUGUGUUCUUAGGGGUCAGAUUUUAAUGAAUAUUUUACCCACAAUAACUGCCUAUUUUGUUAUAAUAAAUAUAUAUAUAUUAAACUUUCUUUAACUAAACUCUGUAACUAUGGGAAUUAUUUUCUUUACAUAGUUGCGCACACGUAUAAAUAUAUAUAUAUAAAAUAUAUAUUUUUCUUUUACCACCUACUCCUAGCUUUUUGUUUUAAAUAAAAAUACAAAUUAGAAUUUACCUUCCUUAAUCACAAGAAAUCAAAUGGGCUAUGGUGGCUGGGCAUAAAGUCCAGGGUAUAUUAGUUACA